AUGGCAUUUUCAAACGCGAUGAUGGAGCAGGUCGCAAGAGCUCUGAGUGCGGAUAUCGUGAGCCUCGGAGUUUCUGUCGUGGGUCUUGGAGUGGUGUCGCACGUGUCGAUUUUCCGCAUUCUGCCUGUUGAAGAAUAUUUGUUUGGUAUUCUUGGCUUGGCUCUUGGGGCGGUGCUGGCAAUAUGUCUUGCAUACCUAUUUGUCACGGGGCUUUCAACACUUCAGGUGCUCACGCGAGUCACUCUCAUCGUAUUCUCAUUCAAUGUGGGACUAGUUUCGAGCAUUGGAAUUUACCGGUUGUUUUUCCAUCGAGUCCGUCGGUUCCCUGGCCCCGUGCUGUCAAAGCUAUCUCGCUUCUACGAUGCAUAUCUCGCAGGCAAAGAUGUCCAAUAUAACGUCGAGAUCGAGAAAUUGCACGAGACCUAUGGAGAUUUCAUUCGGACUGCUCUUGCAACCUACGAACCCCGUGUCAAGGCUAAGGCAGACCAACUCGCUUCACAUAUUGAGAAGAACAUAGACCAACCAAUCGAUGCCAGUGCCUGGUCAAUGUUCUUAAGUUUCGACAUCAUGGGAGCGGUCGGUUUUGGCAAAGAGUUCAAUAACCUGGAGACUGGCGUCGAACACCCAGCGAUCAAAGGCGUUCAUGACCACAUGGCUAUCUUAGGAACCUUGGGCCAUGUGCCAUGGUUUCUGAAUCUCGCAAGUCGCAUUCCAGGUGCGGCCUCUGGGUACUCGAGUUUCUUUAAAUGGUGCGAAGAUGAAAUCGAGCGAAAGCAAAAGGUGCAGUCUUCUAGUCAAUUUGCUUGGAGUGUGGACGAAACUCCACAGGAUGUCGUCUCUUGGCUCCUCAAGGCGUACGUUGAGAAGGAUGCCUCUGCUGCCCCAUCUGAAGCGGCACUUCACGAAGAUUCACGGGUUGUGAUCGUUGCUGGCAGUGAGACAACGGCGACUACUUUGGCCUCGGUGCUAUACUAUCUGGCCAAGAACCCUGCCACAUUAGCAAAAUUACAACGUCUCCUUGACGACGCUAUGCCGGCCGGGGUGGAGGACUGGUCUUACGAGAAGGUCAAGUCAGUCGCCUAUCUCGACGAUGUCAUCCAAGAAACGCUUCGCUUGCGACCUGCUGUUAUGACGGGAGGAUACCGCGUAACACCGACAGAGGGCAUCACGGUGGAUGAAGUGUACAUUCCUGGCGAUGUGAAUGUGUUUGUUCCGGUUCAGUUGAUCCAAACCGACGAGAGGUACUACACCAAUGCCAAGGAAUUUGUGCCCGAGAGGUGGAGCGAGAAAAGGGAUAUGUUUGUCGAGGGUGCUCCAUUCUUUCCGUUCGUGCUUGGCCCUUAUAGUUGCCCAGGGAAGAACCUGGCUAUGAUGAGUCUUCGCAUAUCACUUUCGACCUUGUUGCAAUCGUUCAAUAUUCAGUUCGCCCCGGGGGAGAGUGGUGAGAACUUUGAAAAGAAGACCCUGGACACUUUCACAACUACUUUGCCAUCAUUUAAGGUUCAAUUCCAGCUUCGUCAAACCAGAGACUAG